AUGAGUAACCAAGAAAUAUCAGAAAAAGAUGAUAGAUUUAAGUUAAUGGAAUUGGGUAUACCAUAUAAUGUAACUCACAUGAAAUCCGGUAACACAUUAUGCUCAGAUGAUAGUCUAGUAAUUCUUCAAAAUGGUGCAACAACAUUAGAAAUUCGUACACCACCAAAAUUUGAAGCAAAACAAAUUCCAUGGCACGAUGGAUUAAUUCGAGAUAUUGUUUGGAGUUCAGAACUAAAAGUAUUCGUUCUUUUAACAAAAAAGUCUCUGUUUACAUUUGAUUCAAAAACGACCGACUGUGCUGCAGGAACAGCUCAUGAUGAUUCACAAUUAAAAAUAAAGGCAUAUUCGAAUGUUAAACCAUACAAUGAUAAGGCUUUAUUUUGGCGAUGUGCAUGUGUUGACACAAAAUUAUUCAUUAGCUAUUCGGGCAGCAGCACCGUUAUUGAUGAAUAUAUCUUAGGACCAUCGUCAUGUACAAUUGUUAAUCGUUACGAGCCACCACAAACCUGCGCUUAUAAUGAAGGUAUUUGGUGUAUACGUACUCAUCCCAAUACAAAACAAAUAGGUAUGACGGUAAUGAAUUCAAAUAAUAAUACAUGGCGUUUUGAAAUCCGUGAUCCAACCAACCUUGCUCAUAUAUGGCAAACACCCUUGCCUAUUCCACAUGGUGAUGGUGAAGUAACACCAUUACCAAAUGGUGAUUGGCUUAUUGUGAAUUCGUGUGGAGCACGUUUUAUUCAAAUAUCUAAUCUUGCUAUUAAACUAGCUGUUGAAUACGAACGUGAAUUAAAAAAUGCUAUUUUAUUUAGAAAAAAAUAUUUUAUUAUUCGCACAAAAAAUACGCUCGAAAUUCAUUUAAUGAAGAAAGAACAUGAUUAG